GACCCAAUGCUAAACAGGCUUUCACUCACCUGUUUGGUUCUGCUGGGGUUCUGGAUGCACCAACUGCACCAGUUAGCCUUCAAUUUGCUCCCAGAAUAUUUCUAAGUAACAAAAUGCAAUGUAGAGGAUAAAAUUUCAAUCUAAUUAACGUUGAAUACAAACCUAAUAUGCUGUUGCAAUACAAGCUUAAGAUCAUUCUCUUGCAUCACCACAAGCCAUGUAGGUUAUGCUAUUGGGGAAAAGGGAGUGAAAGUUGCCUGCUAAGAACACCCAGGUUUCCAUACCAAAACUUUUAUUUCCAUAGAACAUAGAGCUGACCUCUCCUGCUCCUUCAAGUCACACAGUAGGAAGUGCCAGAAUGUCUGCAAAAACAUUUAACAUUUCAGCUUUUCAUCCCUGUAUGCUGCUAGUCGAAGACAUCGCUGUAAACCUGGUUUAUGCAAAUCAUGAAAAUGAUAUAUAAUAUAUCUAACUUAGGUACGGGACAUAUUGGUUAUUGUGUGAUAUCAGUGCAGAUGUAAAGCAGAGUGGUUUUCUGAUUUACUUCACAGUAGAACACUGUGCUUCUGUAUACUUUGACACUCACUACAUUUGUGUGAUGUGGAUAAUAAAAAUGGGUGUUUCGUGUGAGUUUCCACAACAAUAGGCAUGAGGUGCAUUACAAUCAUGAUCUGAUUUAUAGUUCUGUAACGAUUAUCAACAGAGCUCAACACAACACUGUUCUUUUCAACCACUCAGAAUUCUUGUGGAAUAUAAGCACAGAUAUGAAUCAUAAAAAUAUGAUUGUAAGCAGAGAUGGAUGAAACAUACAGCAUUGAGUAGGCUACGAAUGCUUGCUUUUUGCAAAAUUACAACGUGAUCCACACAUUUGUCUUGUGUGGGUUUAUGAUGUCAAAGGCGUUGCUAUGUCCAUGACUUAAUAUAAAAAAAAACUACAGCAUAUUCGGCAAGCACGUAAUCCUUUAUCCGAACGGCAUGAAAUAUGUAUAACGAAUUGGCAGUAUUAAAGAAGCCGCGUUCAUCUCAUUAUAAAACACAGUGUUAGUUAGAUAACUAUUUUCACACAUUUUUAGCAAUCGAUACGUUGAAUCAAAACAGCACCUCGCGUUAAAAUUAACCUAGGUUGUGGGAAAUCGACCGCUUCUAUUUUGUUAGGUGUACGUAGACAUCUGGAUGAAACCAAAUCUAACUGCACGAAGCUCAGUUUGGGCGUAGAUAGACUAUAGUGUGACGUAUGCGCUUUUCUCAAGAAUUUAACCAACCAACAGCGAAGUUUUAGUGAUUGACACCAGUUCUGGCAUUAUGUUAAUAACCUGCCGCAAGGCAGAUUAGAGCGGAGUGUAUCGACACACACCCUUUCUGUCUCAUCUCCCCAACCAAAAUCACUGCUCUUUUCGUGCAGCUCUUCUCCGUUAAUAAAAAAAAUGUGCUCCUAAGCAAUAUGUUCGGAGAGCACAAGCAGUAACAUGCGCUUGGAAUUUUGAUCCUCUGCGUGUUUUGAGUGUCUUGCGCAGUCGAGCUGUGAUAUCAGCGGCACAUGAAACACGCGAUUGUAUCCUAUGCAAAUUACUGCGUCUAAUAAAAUGUUUGCAUACGCAGUUAUUUUUGAUAAUGUUCUUAGAAAAAUAUGUGAAUGGGUUUUCCUGCAGACAAAUAAAACGGUUUUCUCCGUCUGUGUUUGAGCGUGUAUGUAGGUCAGCGUGGGUUUAGUGCAGCUUUGGCCAAGCUGCGUCAGACUAAGCCGAGAGGAAUUUGAGCAGAGCCCUCCCCUGUAGGCGGAGGCCUAGCGAGGACUGGCCUAGUUAGGCUUGAUCCUUUUCUUGCGUGUGUGAGGGAAGCGAGUUGUGUAACACAGAGAAGAUAGACAUGCUGCUUGAACACACACGUGUGUGAGUUUGUUUGCUUGUGUGCCUGCUGAUUUUUAUUAGCAUUUUUGCGAAAAAAGAGAAGCAAGACUACAGAAGAAGGUGGUAGGAGCACAAAGAGGAGAGGGGGAGGGGAGCUUAACUAGCUUAGUGGAGAAAAAAAACCCAACAAAGACAAAGGGAGAGACAGCGCUCAACUCGUGACAUUAAUCAAGGAGGAAAGAACAGGAGAGCGGGAGUAUUAGCUCUCCUUGCACUACCCAGCUCUCAGGCUUAGACUAGCAUCCGGCGGGCUUAGAGCCAAGAUGGCGUCCAUGUAUGUGUCCAACGCUGCAGUCGGGAAAGCACGCUCAUCAAAUUUCACCCUGUCGGAGAAACUGGACCUGCUGCGUCUGGCCCAGCCACACAUUCGCCUGCUGGAGGACCAUACCAACAAGCAUGCCGUGAUCGUGGACAAGAACCGCUGCUGGGAGAACAUCGCCCAGCGCUACAACAGCCUAGGGGGCGAGCGCCCCCCUCGAACGGCCCAGGGCCUGCGCACGCUCUACAAACGCCUCAAAGAGGCCGCCAAACAGGAAGUGCUGCUGCGGAGCCACGCCCAGCCUGAGUACCGCGGUAGCCUCAGCGAGCCAACUAAACGGGUGAUGGAGAUGAUCCCUCAUCUCUUCCACGCUCUGGAAAGGCUGCAGUAUAAGAGAGACUCUCCUGUAGAGCAGCCUGGCAGCAGCUCCUCUGGACCUACGCUGUCAGACUUCCAUGGGAUAACCAUGGCGGUCAGAGUUGAGUCGGAGGACGUAAAACCGCCACCUGACUUGCCUUCGUUGACCAAUCACAUAUCAGUGACACCGACCAUCACACACACGUCCACACACACACUCACAAUCCCCCACAGUGAAGAAGCGAUAGGACAGAGCGACCAAGAGGAGGAGGAAGUUGAACUAGACGAAGAGGCGGAGCUACAUAACUAUGACCCCUCCCUCUCCCCUAGCCCCUCCUCUAUACACCUCCCCAUGUCGCCCACGGUAACCCACCCGAGGCGGGGCCUAUACCAGAGGGAGCUGGUCUCGCACAGAUUUCCUGGACUUGAGGCAGAGUCGCUGCAGAUGAUGCGGGAAGAGCACGAGCUGGUGUUGGCCAAUCACAGGAAGGUGGGCCUGUACCUGGACGAAAAGAGGGAGGGGCUAAAGCGACGGCAACAGUUGGAGGAGGAGCUUCUCAGGGCAAGGGUCAAAGUGGAAAGACUGAGAGCGGCGCGGCUGAGACACGGACUACCGCACACACACAUGUAAUGCAUACAUCACACACACACACACACACACACACACACCACAAGCAUUUUCAAGCAGCACUCUCCACAUGCUGCUGUUAAAAGCCGAGUUUGCUCCUAGUCAGGAGCUGGCAUCUAGGUUCAUGGAUUCAUCUCAGAUUUUUUUCCACAAACUGUGUACAAUUUUUAUGUAGUCCUACAAAGAUGUCGCCUAGUCUCAGUUUUGAAUGGUUCCAGAAAAUGGACAAAAAAUCCUGAACACAUCGCAUAUUAGUAUUCAUGUGGACACAAGUAGCACAUACGACUGGUUAGUGUGACUAUUAGUAACACAUUUCAGGUAGCAUUGGUAAAUCAUUGGUUUCUUUUUCCAAGCAGCAUGCAUAAGCAUCAGUCUUACUCAGUAACUGACAUGCUCAUCAUCAUAAACUUUUUCCACAGUGCCAGAUGCAAGCUUGUGCAUUUCUAGACGGCUACAGACCAGAGCUGCACACAUGUACAGAAUUGGAAGGAGAGGAGGGAUUUGUGUAAAUGAGAAUAAAAAUGUUUUUUUUGUUUUUUUUCCCAUGACUCACUUUUGUCCUCUUACAUUUUCUUCCUAAGUGUCCUCCUUCUUGUCUGUUGCGGUUGUGCGUGUGUUUUUUUUUUUUUUU